AUGCCUUUCCUGGCCGUGUUUUCCACCCCCAGUUUUGGCCUGAAGACCUCGACCAUACAGCUAAAAGAGGUGGUUUGCAUCGGGAGUGGUGCCACUACGAUCACUCUGCUACCAGUGCUGGCGCAGGGGUCUUCCAUCGUCACCAUGCUGCAGCGCAGUCCGUCAUACAUCGCGUCGAUACCCAACAGAACCUCUUCUUCUUGGUUGUGGAGGCAGAUACCAAGGCCUCUAGCAUAUACUCUUAAUCGGCUUUGGUUUAUGAUCGUCCCGAUGCGCUUCUAUGUUUUCCGCCGUAUGUUUCCCACAACGUCAAGCAACUUGAUCCGCAGGGGCGCCGCGAAACAACUACCCGAAGGUUAUCCUACCGAUCCGGACUUCAAUCCACGUUACAACCCAUUCGAUCAGCGCGUCUGCUUCGCCCCGAAUGGUGAAUUUUAUGCCGCGAUAUGCAGUGGUUGGGCGAACGUGGUUACGGGAACGAUAGAGAAAAUCGUUGAUGAUGGCAUCAUUCUCAAGUAUGGAGUAAAGAUUGUCGCCGACAUGAUCAUCACUGCUACGGGGCCCAAAUUGCAGUUAGGGGGUAGAAACCACCGAUGGAAUUGA